AUGGCUUCCCAAGUGCGCCAAAAUUUUCAUGCUGACUGCGAGGCUGCUAUAAACCAUUUGGUGAACAUAGAGCUUCAUGCUAGCUAUGUAUACUUGUCUAUGGCCCAUCACUUUGACCGUGAUGAUGUAGCCUUGGCACACCUGGCCAAGUUCCUGAAGGAACAGUCCCAUGAAGAGAAAGAGCAUGCUGAAAAGUUUCUGGAAUACCAGAACAAGCGAGGGGGACGUAUUGUAUUACAGGAUGUCAAGAAGCCAGAGAAGGAUGAGUGGGGCAACAGCCUAGAUGCCCUGGAGAGUGCCUUGCAGCUGGAGAAAGAGGUGAACCAGGCUUUGCUGGAUCUGCACAAGUUGGCAACAGAGAAAGGAGACCCUCAUCUCUGUGACUUCCUGGAGUCCGAAUUCCUGGAAGAGCAAGUGAAGGCCAUCAAGCACCUGGGAGACCACUGCACCAACUUGAAGCGCCUGGGGCUGCCCAAGGGUGGUAUGGGGGAAUACCUCUUUGACAAGCUCACCUUACGGGAGAGCAGCUAA